AUUUUUCGCUCUAAACGUUUGCAAUUUCACAAUAGAAAAGAAAGUAUAUUUCGUUGAAUGUUAUUUUUAGAUAUAAUUAAAUAAAAGGUAAAGUACAAGACAAGGAUCCAUCGUGAAAUAGAGCACAUAAUAGUUAACAUUUUACCUGCUUGCAAAACUCAAAAUAAUGGAGGAAAUAAAGAAAUUGGUCGCACAAUACCAAUGUAAUGCGUCUGUUGAUGUAAGCAGCUCCGAUAGCGACAGUGACUCUUACAUAUCGACUGGACGACCAGCACACAGAAAAUCUGUCAAUGAAGCUGAAGGGGAGAGCGGCAAACGUAAAACCGGAACAGCUCGGCUGCCGACAAGACGUCCAGAUCCCAAUGUAUACAACAGAAAUGCGUUGCUUGCGCGCGAAAAUCGCCGUAAAAAGAAGGCGUACAUGGAGGCAGUCGAAAAGGAGCUUGACGAAACUCGCUGCACCAACAGAUCGUUGCUAAAAGCUCUUAAGAAACAGUUCAAAUUAACACAAAAGCUCGAAAAAGAGUGUCAAUAUCUGAAGGACGUAUUGGGCAAUUGCAAAAAUAACAAAAAUGUUACCACAGUACUAAAUGUGGACAUUUCAUCGCCGGAUAACCGGGCUGCUUCACCUGAUGGCUCCCUUAUAUCAACUUAUUCAAGCAGCAGCUAUGAGCUGCCCAUGGAGACGAACUCCUUUCCAGGCGUGCUGAACGACGACAAUGAUUAUCAGCAUCAGCCUGCGCCCGCGUACGAGGAUGAGGGCUGCGCCCGAUUUCUGGAGGAAAACAGCUUUGGCCUACCAGAAUGCCAGCCACCGCUGAAACCACUGACAAUUGUUGAUGAGCAUAGCUAUUUCAAUAAAUUUUCGGAAAUUGGUUUUAUUCCAAGCUGCGAAUGGAGCCCCAGUCGCACUCCGCCCAAGCAGUUGCUUCAAGAUGACAAGUUUUUGGUCAACACAGACAGCGGAUGCAUUGCAAGUCUAUAGAUUUAUUAAUUUUUUUAAGUAUUUUGUUAAGGAGUUUUAAGCAUUCUAAGAUUAAGCUAUUCGGGCGCGUUCUUUUUGUGAAUCGAUAUAAUUCUUUCCAUUAUGACAAUUUUAAAAUUUGACCAGCUUAGCCCGUGGAGCUUAUGAUAGAACACCAGCCCACUGAACCGGUCCUUUGGCUUCGAUGUUGGAUAAUUUUUCAUCCAGCACGCGAAUUAAAAAUUUAAAGGUGGGUUUCCUAAACCAGAUCCAAGCUGCAAAAAUACCAAAUGAGACUAUGAUCUAUAUUUUUGUGCCACUUUUUCAGUUGCGGCCAGAAUUUAGGACGAAUCUCGAUAUCUAACGGAUUUCCAUGUUAUAUUGGAAGGAGAUGAGAUACAGGCGUCGAGUGUAUUUACUGCAAAAUACCGACUUUUUUUUAAAUUCAUUUUUGAAGAGUAAAAACCUUACUAAUUUAUUUGGAUUCUGACAUGUUUCAGAUGUGUUAAUCACACAAUCGAUGUAUACUCUUACAUUGAAUUUAGUGGACAGUGAGGCUUGAAACACCGGUAUGUACUUCUAUCAUAACUCCUGAAAAGGCACCUCGUAUUACUUGAAUUAUUAUUUGUUGAUUUUGGAAAGAAUAAUCGAUACAAUUUCAUUAAUAUGCAUUUGUUAUUGAGCCCAAAUAAA